CAGCAUUAUGUGCCUGCUAGUUCGAUCGACGACCCAGCUCUCGCUGAGCUCGCAUUAGCAUGGCUCAAGACCUGCUGCGACACGCAUGACGACUGCCGAAUACUCGACCCGGCAUAUCGCCCAACCAGAUUAAUCCACAUUAUUAACACCAACCACCUCAGACUCGUCCUGACAGCCGCAGAGCCCUCCGGUUCAGUAGCAUACGUAGCCUUUUCUCACUGCUGGGGAAAAGUCGACGCAAUCAAGCUCUUGUGCGGCAACCUUGCUCAACUUGGCGCUAAAAUUGAUCUUCAGCAGCUUCCCAAUACCUACCAGGAGGCAGUCCGUCUAUGUCUCCAGAUGGGGUUCCAUUAUAUAUGGAUAGAUUCACUAUGUAUUAUUCAGGACUCCACCGAGGAUUGGGCUCGGGAAGCCAAGGAUAUGAAGCUCGUCUACGAACACGCGGCCUUUAAUUUGUGUUCUGCCACGGCAUCUGAUAGCGCCGGCAGUAGCUUCACUGCCAGA